ACAUUUGUAUAUUCCACGCUGUCUGUGAUGCAUGGUGUUUGAGUGUAGAAGUGUGAGUGUGACGUGAAGUAUCCGGUACUUUCGUGUCUGGAUUAAUACAACAAUGGGUGCACAAAGAAAUUUGACAAUGGCUUUCUAUUUAUUUCUGCUGGCCCUUCUUGGGUGUGGUUCCUGUCUGAAGAAAUCAGAUUGCGAAGUGUGUGUGACAGUAAUGGAAAAAUUUAGUGGUCAGCUAAGCGAUGAUGUAAGAUCCAAGCCAACAUUAAUUGAAGAUGAAUUUAGAAAAUUCUGCAAAGCUACGAAAGGAAAAGAGAACAGAUUUUGUUACUAUUUGGGUGGCCUCGAGGAGUCUGCGACUGGAAUACUGGGAGAAAUGUCCAAGCCAGUGUCGUGGGCAAUGCCAGCUGAAAAAGUGUGUGAAAAAUUGAAGAAAAAAGAUUCACAGAUUUGCGAUUUACGCUAUGAUAAGACCAUUGACUUAAAAACGGUGGACCUCAAGAAACUGAAAGUGCGUGACCUGAAGAAAAUUCUCAGUGACUGGGAUGAGACCUGCGAAGGAUGUAUAGAAAAAACAGAUUUCAUCAAGAGGAUAGAGGAGCUUAAACCCCAGUAUCUCCGCCAGGAACUUUAAUAAAAAUUAAACCUGUUUUUCCUCAGGUGGAUCUGAUUUAAUUGUUUUAUACAAAAAAAUUAUGUUAAGACAUUGUGCUGACUAUAUUUUAGGCAGCGUUAUCCAUUGGUUCCAAAUACCUUAAGAAAGGAAAUGUGCUGAGCCUGGAGAGAUGAUGUGUAUGUAACUUAUCACAGUAUGUAUGUGUGUGCUUAAAUGACAUGAUGGACCUUUCGUUAGACUCAUUAUUUCUGAACGCCAGAUAUUUGCAUUUGUUUACCAAAGAUAGAAUUCCUAACUGUGCAGCAGCUGUUUAAAGUUUCUCUCUGCCUUAUAGUUAAUUGCAGAUUAUUUGUAAGGGAGAUAUGUUUUUGUCAGUGACUUUCAUUUAAAAGAAUGUAUUAAGUACUUAACUCUCAUAUUAAUGCAUUGAUAUUUUUUCCCCUGUUGAGAAGUUUCAUGCAACACAAUUUCUAAAAUGCCAUCUUUGUAAAGGAUGCACUUUUUUGUUUUGUUAAUUCAUUGCACAGUGAUGGAAUAAAGGACAGUGACUACAUUAA